AUGGCUUUCUUUUCGGCUGUCUCGAGCUCGAUCGGCAAGAAGCUCCUGCUCUAUGGGCUCCGGCAAAUCGAUAUCUUGGACAAAGACCCCGCCGAGUUCGUGAGUGUCGACGUCGGCAAGCGAACUACACUUGAGGUCCGGGACGUUGGGCUUCACGUUAAGAAACUUGUCGCCUUGCUUCACCUGAAGUUGCCUCCCGAAAUCCACCUCUCAUCAGCCAAGGCAUCGGUCUUGCGAGUCACCUUCGUUCUCGACUUCGGCGUUCCGCAAAUAUCGAUAGAGGUGGAUGGAAUACAAGUACAAGCUAGUCUGGUCGAUGUAGCCGAAGAUGUUGCAACUGAGCGGGAAAGCUCACGCCACAUGCCUCGAACGCAGUCAGCGUCUCCACGAGAUGCGCUGGACGACACGUUUCCGGAUUCCGAGGAGCAUGUGCCUACGGUAGAUGACCUUGCGAAAUCCUUUAUUCGAGCGGAGCCUGCAGAGGAGAUAAGAGAGCUGGCUCAGGAGCUAGAGUCACGAUCAAGCUACAUGCAGGAGUCUGUAUCGACCGAUGAUGGCGAAGAAGAGACUCAAGCCGGUGUGGGUGCACCGCUCGGGCUACCUGCCUAUUUGCGAAACAUACUUAAUACCGCACUCGAUCGACUCAGUAUCGUAGUCAACAAUAUAGAUGUUGGAGUGGAGGAUCAGACAUCAGCCGAGCCAUCGAGCCCACCGAAGCCCAGCGAAUCAUCACCAGUCUCCCUCAAUUUCCAUGUAGGGCGCAUAGGCAUUGACUCUGUGACUUCUGUAGAGCCACGCAUCGACAUAAGCUCAGCAUCACAGCCACAAGGUGCUGUUUCGAGCGCCGGAAAGCGAAGGUUACGCAUUGAGAAAAUCUGUGCCAGGCUUGUGUCUGAUGUGGAGACCUUCAUUUCGUCAUCGCAAACUUCAAGACCGUUGUCACCAGAAAUCAAUCGCUCCGAGGUCUCUACCGGACAAGCCUCAUAUCACGAAGAGGCUGCAGGCGCAAUCUUGUCACCCACAGGGUCUGAAGCACCUACUCCUGAUGCGGAUGAUACGCCAUCUGUUGAGGUCGUGGAACCUUCUCUUCCAGCACAGGAAGACUCAAUCGAGAAACCGAGAAGUACAGGCACCACUCCGUUGACGGCCUCUAUUCAAUAUGACCCGCCUCCAGCGCUAUCCCCACGUGAAGAGGCUCCUCUAGCAGUAUCUGUAGCGACCGUAGACGACGACAGAUUUGCCGACGCGUCAUCCGAUGAUGGGUUGGAAAGGAGCAGGCACGAUAACGGCUUAGACCCUUCCAUACACGGGCUUCCUGCCCAAGGCUUGAGCGGGAGCAGCAUAUUAUACAAUGAUGAGGGCGUGCUCGACUAUGCGCUGCAGAAUGAUAUGCUGAACUCGGCUUUCGACAUCGAGUUUGAGGAUGACAUGCGCGCUGGGGAGACGAGCGCUGAGCAUCAUACCCCAAGCCCAGAUAUGGAAAUCGAGUUUUCACCCCCUGCAAGCGAAGCCUCUACAUCUACACUACCGACAGUGUCAGGCCUAGGGCUAUCUUUUGCACAGUCAGAGGCGGUAGCUUCGUCAUCGCACUCUAUAAGUCAUGGCACAUUGCAGACUUCCAUCGAAGAGCGACAGUCAAACAGUCAGCUCGUCGAGGAAGAGCAAACACAGACCGCUAGCGACAUGCAAACGUCUGCACAUGACCUGGAAAUCAUGCCUGAUAUGACAGCGUCGGCCUCAUCAUCUUCUGAUGCGUCAGACAGUAUGUACAUGAGCGCUGUGAGUGCAACUCCCGUCGAGACUUCUCAACGACACCUCCCAGGAUCCUGGGACUCUGCUUCGACAUCAAGCCGCGGCAGCACAUCAGAUCAACCAAGGUCCAUACCCGAAGAGAUGAUCUCAGGCAGCAUCUUGCAGCCACGCACAGACGUCGAAGACAGCUGUGAUACACCUCGGCCGGGUAGCCCCCAGAGUGCAACCACGACUGCACCGCUGCCACCUGUAGAACGAUGCUCCACAGGGGAAGCAGAAUCUCAAAAGCAAGCAAAGGUGUUCUUGACUAUUGACGAAGUUACCGUCUGGUUUCCUUUGGGACUCGACGAUGACCGAUCAUCGACCCCUGUCUCAAGCGCUGAAUCGGCGGCCGAUGCAUCAAUGCUAGCAUUUACGCCAUCAAGACUGGGAGAAGACUCGAUUUUUGCUGAAAUGCCAGGGUCGUUCUCGAAUUACGCACACUCAACAUCAACACGCCGACAGGGCUCUAUGGUCGAAUCUUUACGAAAACCUACUCCGUCGAGAGCGUCACCAAGCCAGCUAAAACAUCAGCCUGUGAGAGCCUCGGUCGCACCAAACGUUAUCAUAGACGUUGGUACAAUAGUAGGUCAUGUGGACUUGGCAACUGGACGCAUCAUGUUCAGCAUGCUCAAUCGAGUACUUAGCGCCUUGACAAGCGGCAGCCAGCAAGAGAAGCCAAGUCCGUUGCCCAAUGUUGCAGUUGAUGAAGCCACUACUACCGUUGAGGCCACGAUCAGACAUGUCGGGGUGGCUUGGCUGGAGAACGUCCUAGCAGAGUCUGUGCCUAGUGGGUUGACAACAAGUCGUAUGCUUCAUCUGAAGCCAGACGAUGCACUUCUGGGGGCCAACUUUUCUGCACUCCGAUUGACAAGUCAAAGCAGUCCCGGUACGAUGCGCACAAAGUUGCAAAUCGAGAAACUCGCCUUUUCAUCUCUAGGCAUCGACGUUAUAUCCUUCCACGCACGAACUCGCUCAAGACGUUCUGUCAGCAAUCUUUCAGAGCAGCUGAGUCAUGACAUUGAGAUUGACUACGAGCAAAGUAAAGACAAGAGAAUCACAAUCGUGACGAGGCCAGUCAAAGUCAACUUCGACAUUCAGCAACUUGAUGAUGCACUAAGCUCUUUUGGUGGAUUCAGUGGUGUCCUCGAGCUGGGCAAUUCAAUAUCCUCGAACAAUCCAUUACACAGUCCAGUUUUGACACCAGCAAAACCAAAGCCUCGCGGUGUACAUUUUGGCGACUUACCACCAGUGCCUGAAGCACCUGCUCCAGCAUCCAAUAUGCCAAAGAUACAGAUACAGAUAGGCGAGGUGGCUUUCUUCCUCAAGGGCCGUAGUUGUGCUGUUCAGCUCCAGACAACGACAGUCCGCAUUGCAGUCCGACAAAGUAAUGUUCGUCUAAAGGUGUCGGAAGUGCACCUUUCGGGCCCCUACCUGAAUGCACAGCAAAAAGGUGCGGCUCUGCUGGUCGAGAUCCAUGGAACGACAGUGAACUUCCUCUACACGCCUGAAGAGGCAGAUCUUACAAGAUUGAUCUCCUUGAUCACCCCUUCAAAAGACCCUUACGAGAACAACGAAGACAUCCUGAUCGACACCUUCCUUCGACAACGACGUCAGGGAUCCGUACUCAGAGUUGAAGUCAGUAAUGUAGGUGUUCGAAUGUCUGAUCUGGAAGAGAUGCGAGCUUUUGAGGCACUUGGAGUCGAGCUUGCUCGUUUGUCCAAAGUUACAAAGUAUCUCCCAGAAGAUGAUCGUCCAGGACUGCUUACUCUGGCUUCUGUGCAGCAAAUGAAGAUUGGAGUUGCAGUCAACGAAAAGCUUGGCGAUGUUACAAUCACUACCCGAAAUGCUUCCAUGGCACACGUCGGCUUCCCCGCCCUAUUUGCUGUUGAAGUUGGAACUGCCUCGCUGGAACGGGACGGAGAGGUGCUUCUCCACGAAGUAGUCAAGCUCGGACCGCAAGAUCAGCUGCCUAUGGUCAUGGUCAGGAUGGUUGGCGACGAGUUAGAGCCUGUAGUAAAGGCAAAGCUGUUCAAUCUUUGUGUUGAAUACAGGGUAUCCACUGUAAUGGCUGCACUAGGAAUCAGCGAGGAUGGCACAGUUGAGGAUAUCGCCGCAGGUAUUGCAUCAAGUGUGGCGACCAUCACAAGAUCCAAGUCACCGCAGCUUAUCAGCCGACAGUCAUCUGACUCAACUUCUCCCUCAAGCCGAGCUGCUAAGCCAUUACAGAUUGACCUUCUGCUCAGAAGCUGCGCAAUUGGCCUAAAUCCUCGGAAUGUGGCCUCCAAGGGCUUGUUCGUCUUGACCGAAGCUCAUUUGACCGGCAAGCAGAUACAAAAAGAUUACUCCGUUCAACUGGACCUUCGAAAAGCCUCCAUGCACGCCAUCGAUGAUGUUGCACGCUUGGAGGCGGAAGCGGAGGACGCAAAGCCACCUCACAGCGUUUCGGCCCCAAACCGGCAUUUACAAGAACUGGGCCGUCUUGGCUUUGUUUCCCUCAGCUCAAUAUCGGCGGCGAAAGUUCUUGUCAAGAUAUUGGGUGAUGGGAAUGAAACACCGCAGCUUGUCAGCGUCGAGUUCAAAAAUGAACUUCUAGUGCUAGAGUCUUGCGCCGAUUCUACUCAGACCCUUAUUGAGAUUUUGAACGGCUUGCAGCCACCGACACCACCCUCAACUGUUGAACGCUACCGCACGGUGGUUCCACUCCAGGAAAUGAUGGAGUCAUUCACUGGGGACGCAAUGCCUGCUCAGUAUGAAGGUGAGACUGAAGACUUUAUGAGCAACGCAGAUCUAGUCGAUGACGAGGUACCCACAAACCUGGAAUUUGUUGGAAGCAUUUACAGCCAAGACUUACCCACCGAUGAGGACAUGGCGGACAGUAUGCUUGAUCAAGACGACCUUGGCGAACUAGCGACAUCGCCCGUCGUCAGAGCACGUGGCGAUCGAGGCCUUCUAGAAAGCUUCCAGGAACAGUACGAGGUCAGCAGAGAGGAAGAAAGCUUCGACUUCAGCACGGACUACUUCCACGACUCCGAUUCGGAAGGGAAGGGCAAAGCCCGCAAAUGGGACUCAACUCAGAAUCAGUACCACCUCACGAAUGAAUUCAGGACACCAGAAGCACCGCUUAAGGUCACCGUUCGCGAGGUGAACAUAAUAUGGAAUCUCUUCGACGGAUACGAUUGGCCCAGGACGCGAGCCAUUAUUUCACAAGCCGUGGAAGAUGUUGAAGCUCGCGCAGAAGAGCGGCGGCGAAGACCAAGAGACGAAGAAGAAGAGGACGAUUUUGUCGAAGAAGAUUUCUUGUUUAAUUCUGUGUGGAUUGGUGUUCCGAUAAAAGACGAGAAGGGCGCGCUUGCACGCCGUAUUAAUCAUGAUAUUGACGACCUCGCAAGCGAGACUGGCAGUUACGCGACUUCGACUGCAACUCGAUCCACAGGGGCUACUAGUCGCCCACGUACUGCGACAAAGUCCGGGCAUCGUCGUUUGAAGCUCGAGCGAAGUAAGCACAAGAAGAUUGCCUUCUCGUUGAUGGGAAUUGCGGUCGACUUAGUGGUGUUCCCACCGAACACCGGAGAAACGCUGAAUUCGAUUGAUGUCCGCGUUCGAGACUUUGAGAUCUUUGACCACGUACCUACAUCAACUUGGAAGAAGUUCAUUACCUGCAACAUUCCACCCGCUGAAAGAGAGUUGGACAGGCCGAUGAUCAACUUAAACCUUCUCACUGUCAAGCCGGUCACUGACCUUGCAGCUUCUGAGCUGGUCAUCCGAGUCGCGAUUCUUCCAUUGCGCCUUCAUAUCGACCAAGAUGCGCUUGACUUCAUAACUCGUUUCUUUGAAUUCAAGGACGACUCACUCGAUAAACCCGCCGCCCCUUCUGAACAACCGUUUAUCCAACGUCUCGAAGUACAAGCUGUCGAACUCAAACUUGAUUAUAAGCCCAAGCGCGUAGACUACGGUGGUAUACGCUCCGGUCACACUACCGAGUUCAUGAACUUCCUCAUUCUCGACGGCUCAGACAUCACCCUACGUCAUGCUAUUGUCUAUGGCAUCACCUCCUUUGACAAACUGCACAAAACUCUCAACGACGUCUGGUCGCCUGACGUAACGCGCAAUCAACUCCCUGGCGUACUCUCCGGUCUCGCUGUCGUUCGUCCCCUCGUCAAUGUAGGCUCUGGUGUGCGCGAUCUCGUUGUCGUACCUAUGCGUGAGUAUCAGAAGGACGGUCGCAUCGUGCGCAGCCUGCAAAAAGGCGUAUACGCCUUUGCAAAGAACACCACCAGCGAGGUUGCGCGCCUGGGUGCAAAGGUCGCGAUCGGUACCCAAACUCUGCUGGAGGGCGCAGAAGCAUUCCUCAACACCAAUCAGCCUACGUCUCCGCACCGCUCACCGCGCUCUCAGCACCUUGACUGGACAGGCUCAGAUCCGCCAUCGCCUGACGACGAGCCACGUGCUGUAUCGAACUACGCGAACCAGCCCAUCGGCGUGCGCGCUGGCCUACGCAGCGCGGCGAGACAUUUGGAGCGCGACCUUCUCACCGCGCGUGACGCUGUGAUCGCGAUACCCUCGGAAGUCAUGGAACAAGGCAGCGGCGUCGGUGUUGCGCGUGCAAUAGCAAGACAUGCUCCGACUGUCAUACUCAGGCCGGCCGUGGGUGCAACCAAGGCUUUAAGCAAUGCACUUUUGGGCGUAGGAAACGCAUUGGAUGAGACGAGUAGAAGGAAGAUCGAGGAUAAAUACAAGUCCUACUAG